AUGGUGAAAGAGGAUGGUCAGGUUCGUUGGUCAAGUCCUGCAGCUGGUUAUCUGAAAGUAAAUAUCGAUGCAAGCUGCUGCAUAAGAGGUAGAUCCGUUGGCGUUGGGUGUACUAUGAGGGACGUCAAUGGUGUCUUGUUGAAGGCAAGGGAUGCAAAUAUUCUGGUCAGUUUUGAACCGAGAAUUGCUGAAAUUAUAGACAUCCAAAAAGCUCUAAGUUGGUUGAAAGAUGGACAGAAUAACGUAAUUGAAUCCGAUGCUUUAAAUGUUAUCUUGGAUAUCCGGAAUCCUCAUCGUGGCGACUCGGAUCAUUUGGUUUUGGAUUGCAUGGAGUUGACGAAACAGCUUACUAAUUUACAUUUCGUUUUUGUAAGACAAUCCGCGAAUCAGGCUGCGCACGUGUUAGCGCAUUAUGCCCGUUCCAUGUCAGGUCAUCAAGAAUGGUCUAACCAUUAUCCUGAAUUUCUUACGUCUGUUAUCGCUUCCGAUUUGAGUUAA